GUCCAACAUUUAGCGCGAAGUUUAAUACCAACCGGAAGCUGCACCGACGGGAGACUGGAGCAGCAGUUGCAUGUUAAACUGCUAUUAUAACUCUUCUAUGGCACUAACAUCCCUAUAUUUACUAUAAUAACUCGCUGGCAAUACUUCUCAGUUAACUCAGUGGCCUACAGGUAGUGCUUUAUAAAGUAAGAGCACAACAGGAGCACAGAGAUGAAGCAGUUGGAGCCGCCAGCUGUCUCUGGGUAACUAGCAGUGAGUUAGAGUUACAUACUAAUGUAACAACACUGUAGGAGAGGAGUCUCAACUCACAGCCACACCGAGGAAAUAAGGAAAAUGAGGAGGAGUCUGGCUCCCAGUCAGGUCGCUAAACGGAAAGGAGGAGAUUCCUGUGAAGAUGAGGACUGGACAUGUAGAUCUGAGAAAAGAAGAAAACGUGAUAAUGAGACGAAAGAAAGCCAUAUAUCCCCCUUCAGAAAGCCUCUGACACAGCUGAACCAUCGGCCUGCGUGUAUGGAUGGUGACAAACAUGAAGCAUUUAUUCGAAGUAUCCUCUCCAAGCCAUUUAAAAUUCCUAUUCCUAACUACACAGGCCCGCUGGGAAUCAGGGCACUUGGUCUAAAGCGUGCAGGAGUAAGGAAAGCACUUCACGAUCCCUUUGCAGAAGAUGCUUUGGUUCUUUAUGAGCCCCCAACUCUGAGCGCUCAUGACCUGAUCAAAGCUGACAAAGAGAAACUACCAGUCCAUGUUGUUGUGGAUCCAGUUUUAGGAAAAGUGCUCCGACCCCAUCAGAGAGAGGGUGUGAAGUUCCUGUGGGAGUGUGUGACGGGAAGACGCAUCUCAGAAUCGUACGGCUGCAUCAUGGCUGAUGAGAUGGGCCUGGGGAAGACUUUGCAGUGUAUCGCCCUCAUCUGGACCCUGCUACGCCAAAGCCCCGAUGCUAAGCCGGAGAUAGACAAGGUCAUUGUGGUUUCACCUUCCAGUCUGGUUCGCAACUGGUACAAUGAAGUAGGGAAGUGGCUGGGAGGACGCGUCUCACCGACGGCCAUCGACGGAGGUUCAAAGGACGAGAUCGAUAGAAAAUUAGUGAACUUCAUGUCUCAGCACGGUUUGAGAGUACCAACCCCGAUCCUCAUCAUUUCAUAUGAGACAUUUCGACUGCACGCCGGGGUUCUGCACAAGGGCAAAGUUGGACUGGUUAUCUGUGAUGAGGGUCAUCGGCUGAAGAACUCCGACAACCAGACAUACCAGGCCCUAAAUGCAAUGAGUGCCCAGAGGAGAGUGCUGAUAUCAGGCACUCCCAUCCAGAACGACCUGCUGGAGUACUUCAGCCUGGUCCAUUUUGUUAAUGCUGGGAUCCUUGGUACCGCCCAGGAGUUUAAAAAGCGAUUUGAGCUUCCCAUCCUCAAGGGUCGAGAUGCCGAUGCUAGUGAUAAAGACCGACAGACUGGAGAGGGGAAACUCAAGGAGCUGAUCAGCAUCGUCAACAGGUGCUUGAUAAGGAGAACAUCGGAUAUCUUGUCUAAAUAUCUUCCUGUGAAAAUCGAGCAGGUUGUGUGUUGCAGGCUGACUCCUCUGCAGUCGGAGCUCUAUAAGCACUUCCUGAGGCAGGCGAAACCCAUUGAGACAUUACAAGAGGGCAAAAUAGGUGUCUCCUCCCUGUCUUCCAUCACAUCACUCAAGAAACUCUGCAAUCACCCGGCUCUCAUCCAUGAGAAGUGUGUGGAGCGUGCGGAGGGCUUUGAGGGGGCGCUGGAUCUGUUUCCACCUGGCUACUGCACUAAAGCUGUGGAGCCUCAGCUCUCUGGGAAAAUGCUGGUUCUUGACUACAUUCUGGCAAUGACGAGGACUACAACUAGUGACAAGGUGGUGCUCGUCUCCAACUACACUCAAACACUGGACCUCUUUGAAAAGCUGUGCAGAUCUAGAAGAUACCUCUAUGUUCGACUGGAUGGCACAAUGUCCAUCAAGAAAAGGGCCAAGAUCGUAGAAAAAUUCAACAGUCCAUCUAGUCCAGAGUUCAUCUUCAUGCUGAGCAGCAAGGCAGGUGGAUGCGGCCUGAAUCUGAUUGGUGCUAAUCGCUUGGUGAUGUUCGAUCCUGACUGGAACCCAGCCAAUGACGAGCAGGCGAUGGCACGGGUGUGGAGAGACGGCCAGAAGAAGACCUGCUACAUCUACAGACUGCUCUCUACAGGGACGAUCGAGGAGAAGAUCCUGCAGAGGCAGGCCCACAAGAAAGCCCUGAGCAGCUGUGUGGUGGAUGAGGAACAGGACGUGGAGCGCCACUUCUCUCUGGGCGAACUCCGAGAACUCUUCAUUCUCAACGAGGAGACCACCAGCGACACACAUGACAGGUUUCGUUGUCGCCGCUGUGUGAAUGGCAGGGAGGUUCGGCCUCCUGCAGAUGACUCUGACUGUACCAGUGACCUUUCCCAGUGGAACCACUGCUUCGACAAGAAGGGCCUGAGGGACCAAGUGUUGAAAGCCUCAUGGGACGCCGCCGUCUCCUUCGUCUUCCACCAGCGUUCUCACGAGGACCAGAAGGGUGUCGUAUAGCAGGAGGAACUCAACAGACUUUCUAUCACACAAAUACUGUAUAUCCUGAUAUUUAUUUGUUAUUCUGUGUUUUUGUUGUAUUUUUUAUUAAAACUGAAAAAAGGUAAAGGAGAAUGAUUGGUUAUCUAUCCAUCAUGAAUGCAGUCACAUAAAUAUAAUUGCAUUUAACAGGAUUGGGGCAAAACAUGUUGACACUGGUACUGGAUUUGCCAGUUGUGACCUGUAUAUGUCGAACUGUGGGGCAGUGUGCCCAGCUCACUGUGUUGUGUGGAGGUAGAGGGGAACUGUCGUCUUCUUCUCAUCCGUCUGAUGUUUGAGGGUUUAGUUUGCCCAUCUGAAAGCAGCACAAUGCAGUACAUUCAAGUACGUCAUAGUAGCGACUGGUUGCGCCAUUGUAAGGAAGAAGCUCACAUGCUGGCUCUUCACACUCUCUAAUGCUGAUAUAUGAUUUUUAAAAUCAGAUGUAAAUGUUAAAGCCUGGUAGGAUUUUUCAUUUUUCAUUGCUACUGCAUCAGCUCAUCCAACACAGAUUGUUCAACAAUAGAAAGUACUACAAAACAAUUGUACCAUAACUGAUGGGCAGCAGCUGUCACAGGUAACAGGUCGUGCAUUAAUUGCAGGGUUUGUGUCCUCCUCCUGUCCGCAUGUCGAAGUGCCCUUGACACCCCAAGUUGCUUCUGUGUGUGAGUGUGAGUGUGUGAGAGGCAAAAUUGUAAAGCAUUUUGUCCAUCAAGGUAGAAAACUGCUAUAUAAGUGCAGCUCCAUUUAACAUCAUCAUCAGUGUCUCAAUAAAACCUUGAAAUGA